AUGACUAGAAGUGAAGUUGAUCAUUCUGUUUUUUAUCGUCAUUCUAAUGGGAAAUGCAUAUACCUUGUAGUAUAUGUGGAUGACAUUGUUAUUACAGGGAGUGAUCAAGAGGUGGCCCAGUCUAGUAGUGGUAUUGUCAUUUCUCAAAGAAAGUAUGCAUGGGAUAUUUUAGAAGAAACUGGCAUGUUGGAUUGUAGACCGGUGGAUAAUCUAAUGGAUCUGAAUGUUAAACUCUUACCAGGACAGGGAGAGCCAUUACUUAACCGAGAACGAUAUAGGAGAUUAAUUGGAAAAUUGAAUUACAUCACAAUCACACGACCAGAUAUCUCUUUUGCAGUUAGUGUGUUGAGUCAGUUUCUUGAGAACUCAUUGGGAUGCUGCUGUUCGGAUUGGGUUAGUUGUCCGUUUGACCGGCGCUCUACUUCGGGUUAUUGUGUACUCAUUGGUGGUAAUCUCAUAUCUUGGAAAAGUAAGAAGCAAGAUGUUGUUGCCAUGUCCAGUGCUGAAGCUGAAUACCGAGCCAUGGCCCUUGCCACGUGUGAGCUUAUGUGGCUGAAGCACUUACUACAAGAGUUGCAAUGUGGCAAGGUUGCACAAAUGACAUGGAUAUGUGACAACCAAGCAGCUCUACACAUCGCCUCAAAUCCAAUUUAUCAUGAGAGAACCAAACACAUUGAGGUUGAUUGUCACUUCAUUAGAGAGAAGAUUGUGUCAGGGUGUAUCAAAACAAACUUCGUCUAUCCACAGUGA